AUGGAUCCAAGUGUGAAAUUAAUGCCAAAUAAUGGCGUUCCCAUUUCACAAUUGGAAUACUCUAAGGCUAUUGGUAGCUUGACGUAUGCCAUGACAAGUACCAGACCUGAUAUUGCUUUUGUUGUGGGAAAGCUGAGAAGGUAUACUAGUUACCGUAGUACUCAAUAUUGGCAAGAAGUGAAUAGAGUGGUUAGCUAUCUCAAAGGAAACAUGGGUUAUGGUUUGAGUUACUUGGGGAGUCCUUCGUUUUUAGAAGGUCAUUCAGAUCCAAGUUGGAUAACCAACAUGGAGGACCAUUCCUCAACUUCUAGUUGGGUAUUCUUGCUUAGCGUAGGUUCCAUUUCUUGGGCUUCCAAGAAGAAAUCUUACAUUACAAACUCAACAACGGAAUAUGAGGGUGUUGCGUUAGCAGCUGUUGGUAAAGAAGCAGAGUGGCUAAGGAAUUUAGGCUAUGAGAUUCCUUAG